AUGGACCAACAAAACUCCACCACCACCUCCACAACCCCAACUCCAACUCCAACUCCCUCCACCUCUCAACAACCACCCUCUGAACCACCAACCCAAUCCCAACCUCAACCUCCACCUCAAUCUCAGCUUCCCCCACCUUCCUCAACAGCUCCUUCAACCCCAACCCCAAUCCCUCCGUCCCCAAACCCUAACCCUAACCCUAAACCCUCAACCCCAGUAACCCCACAACCCCAACAGCCCCAACCCCAACCCCAGUCUAGGCCUCCCUCCACAUUGGCUCGCCCCUGGCCGCAGUCCCACUUCGCCCACUUCCCGUCGCCUUCUUCUUCGGCUUCGUCUGGGCCUCCCCCUCCGCCCUCGUCCUCCGCGCCUCCCCCGCCGAGGGGCGGCAUUGCCAUUGGUGUUCCUGCGCACCACCCUAGCCCUUCUCCUCCUCAACCCGCUCCCUUCUCGUCCUCUUAUGGCCAGCAUUUUGGUGGCCUGGGCCGGGGCGGUGCCGCUGUGCCUGAACCCGUAUCCAAUUCCAGUGCUUCCCAGGUGAGACCGUCUGUGCAAGGAAUGCAAGGAAUGGCGAUGAUGGGUUCACUCGGUUCAAGUUCUCAAAUGCGGGCAGCUGGGGUUAGUGCACAACAUCCACAGAGACCUGUCCAAUCCUCUUUUAGACCACCAUCUACCGCAAGUAGUCAGUCCCCGUCUUCCCAAAAUUUCCAAGGACACAGCCUUUUACGAGUUUCUUCAGUAGGAACUCCGAGUACUUCACCAAAUACAUCUCAAGGUUUGCAGCCUCAUACUCAGCCAUGGUUGUCUUCUGGGUCACAAGGGAAGCCUCCUAUACCAUCCCCUUCAUAUAGGCAGCAUAUGAACUCACCAUCCAUGCAGCAAAGGUCACAUGUUCAGCAGCAACAGCACCAUCCCCUUCCUACUGCUUCACAGCAACAGCACCAUCCCCUUCCUACAGCUCCACAGCAACAGCACCAUCCCUUGCCUUCAGCUUCACAGCAACAGCUCCAUCCCCUGCCUUCAGCUUCACCGCAACAGCACCAUCCCCUGCCUUCAGCGUCACAGCAACAGCACCAUCCCCUGCCUUCAGCUUCACAGCAACAGCACCAUCCUCUGCCUUCAGCUUCACAGCAACAGCAUACAUCACCGGCGCAGCAUCAACAACCUUCUUCAUCGCAUCAGGGACCUGAGCAUUUUGGGCAACAUGUUCAACCAUCAAGGAUCCCACAAACAACCCCCCGUCAAAUUACAAGGGUCCAGAACCUGGCAAACCAGAAGUCUGCCUCUCCUGCAUCAGUACAGCCUAACACAGUCCAAUCAGGGCCCCAAAAUAAAACUGCUAGUGCAGAAACGGAUGAAUCUUGUAAUAGAAUUCUUAGCAAAAGAAGCAUCCAUGAGCUAGUUAACCAGAUUGAUCCAUCUGAGAAGUUAGAUCCAGAAGUUGAAGACAUUCUCAUGGAUAUUGCAGAUGAAUUUGUUGAGUCUAUUACAACAUUUAGUUGCUCACUAGCCAAGCAUCGAAAAUCAACUACGUUAGAAGCAAAAGACAUACUUCUACAUAUUGAAAAAAAUUGGAAUAUAACUCUUCCUGGGUUUGGUGGUGAUGAGAUUAAGGGCUUCAGGAAACCACUCACAAACGAUAUUCACAAAGAGCGUCUUUCUGUUAUAAAGAAGUCCAUAGUAGCAACUGAGACAGCAAAUGCUAGGAGUUCAACUGGACAAGCCACUGGAAAUGCAAAGGGUAGUCUUGUUAAAGCACCUGCCAAUGUCAUAAGCUCCCAAAACACCAAAAUGCGUGAAGUUACUUAA